CAACAGGACUGUGAGGGGUUGCUUAACAAAAAUGAGACGAAAAGAUGCCUCAAGUUUUUUGGGUUUAGACCAACAGUCCUUAACUGCUCUCGAGAUCCUGAUGUCCCGCAGCCUUCUCUCCCUCCUUGCGCGCAUGACCUGCACAGGAAAGCCACUCUGGAGGACUUCUCUUGGCACAGCUGUGUGCCCGUGAGACACCCGUUCCUCUUAAGUGAGGACUGGUGGCUCUGGUCCGUGCGCCCUCACAUACGUAAUUUCACAGCAAUAAGCAAGAUCCGAAACUAUACUGAGGCAUCGGCGUGGGGUACCGUAAACCAAUGUCGAGAACCGCUAAUUGACCCCAUAGCCUCCCGUAUCCAAACCUUCGCUCAGCAUUUGGCCUGCAACCCCCUGGGGGCAUGUCUGGACCUGCGCUAUUUCAUGCUAUUGAAUGGUACCCUUACCAACACGUCAACCGACGCGACAGGAAACCAAGAAGUGUCAAAAGCUGGCUGUGGAACCUCGGCGGCAUUGUCGCUUCAGUGUUCGUUCCAGCAGUGGGGAAUGCGGUGCUUCAAGCCUGGACAACGGAGCAGAUCGCCCUGACGAUGGAAACAGUCAACGCUUUAGCCAAUGCCACCCGGGACGCGUUGCACGCCCACAAUCUAAUGUUAGAGUUGAAUUCGCAAGCGAUCCAGAAAAUGCAAAGUGAAAUACAGGAACUUGGACAAGAGAUAGAUGGGCUCUGGAAAACAGUUGUGCAACUGUGUGACACCCGAUGGAUCCUUUUCAGACUUUGCGUCACUCCGGUCAGGGCCAAUGUAACUGCUAACACCCACAAAGUCUCUGACUGGCUUAAAAAUACUUAUCUGCCAACUUUUGCCAAUCUUACCCAGCAGGUGGACGUCAGCCUGGACAAGAUUGGAAAUGUUAAGUUGACCCCCGUUAAGUUCAACCUUGCCAGUUUGGUAACUGACCUGUGGAACCGAGUUACCUCCUGGUUUUCAUGGCCCAAUCUGACCACUUGGGUUUUCCUCGCUGUAGGGUUGUUGGUGGGUUUAGUAAUCGUCAAAUGCCUGUUAGAACGCUUGUUUCAAGCACAGCAGCAACUGCGUGUUACCACUAUGAUGGCUAUGUCUUCAACCUGUAGUACUUUUGACAGCAGCUUCUAUACUGAUCGAUCCCCGUCCCGGCCACUCGGGGUGGGGCGCUCUGGGGCCAGGUUCGCGGCAAAGUCCAUGGCCGUAUCCCGGAUAUAACAUAUAGCUCCAGCUGUCUUAAUUUUUGUCUCAGGCGAG